CCCCGCGUCCGCACGUGACUUCAUACCCGGAAGUGUUGCCAUGGCGGCGGGCGCGCUCGGGGGGCUCGUGGCCGCGCUGGAGACGCACCGGGGCCGCGACCGGGCGGUGCGGGCGCUGUGCUACGGCUGCCAGCUGGCGGGGGCAGCGCUGCCCGGGCCCGCGGGGCUGCCCGGGGGGCUGCUGGCCGCCUCCGCCCAGCUCAGCUCCUGCCGCACCGCCCUGCGCCUCUUCGACGACCUGGCCAUGCUCCGGCACAGCUGCAGCUACGGGCUGGGCCCCGAGGGCGAGGACGCGCUGGUGCGGGGGCUCUCGGUGCUCUGCAACGUGGCCAACCAGCUCUACUACCCCUGCGAGCACCUGGCCUGGGCGGCGGAUGUCGGCAUCGUGCGCGCCGGCUCCCAGAAGUGGUGGAGGCGGAGCACGGCGCUGUGGGGCUGUGCCCUGCUCCUGGGCAUCCUGCGAUCCCUGAGAAUCUUGUUCCAGUUGAGAAGAAAACUGAGCCAGCACAAGUGCAGCACUUCUUCACCUCAGAGCCAGCAGAAGCUGAGAGCCCAGGUGAAGGCUGAAGUUCUGAGCAUCCUCAUGGAGACAGCAGAUCUCUCCAAUGCAAUCCACUGGCUGCCUCCAGGAUUCCUCUGGGCAGGAAGGUUCCCUCCAUGGUUAGUAGGACUCCUGGGGACCAUCUCCUCCCUGAUUGGAAUCUACCAGGCAUCAAGAGGAGCAAAUUCUGAAGCUGCUUAAGCCACAACUGAGCUUCACAGGCCCAGUUUUCACAUGGUAAAAGUGCCUUUAGUGAGGCAGGGUGUAUUUUAACUUUCCUGGGUCGAUAAUUGUCAUGCCAGAUAUCCCAUAAUUGGGACUGGAAUCCAGAUGCCUAUUGCAGAGGGGAUUGUUUGCAGCUGACAAUUUUUAUCACUCUUCAUCAGAGAAGUAAUUCAGGUGAAUCCUCUGAAAAUCAAGAAUCUCCUACAGAGAGGGGAGGGGAAAAGAGUUGCUCCUAUCUGUCCCAAAAGACAAAUGCAACCUCCCAGUGUUUUCUGCCACUUGAAAGAGCACAGUGGGCACGGUUCUGUCACAGAGAACUGGUAAGGGAUGAAUCCUGUGAGUUCACCCUCUGAGCUCAUUUUUUGGUGCUGCAUCUGAGCCAGGGAUGGGAGUUCUCCAGGUAUUUUGGGGUUUGGGCUCAGAGCUGAUGCCCAGAGCUCAGGUAGGAGUGAGCAGGGGGGCUGUUUGUGACAGCUGUGUUUCCUCAGAGGCGAGAGGGGCAGGAAAUUGCCACUGGGAGCAGCCUGAACCUUCCUAGCCUGCCUUGCCCGUUUAAGGAGAAAUGUUGGAAGUGGAGACUUCCCACAGAGCUGAGGCUCCAGCUGUGCCUUUGUGGAAUGCCACCGGGUGGAGCUCUUCCACCAGGCUCCACCAGCUGCCAAAGGACCUUUUUUUUAAUUUAAAAAAAAAAAAAAAAAAAGCAGGAAAUGUAUUAAUCACCUUUCAAAGGAGCAAUCAAACCAAUGCCGAGGUGGGGUUUGCAGUUACAGUUCUGGGCGUUGCCAACAAUAAACGACACAAAUACUUCAAA